UUUCACUAAAGUGUGCCUCUAUAUUUAGUCGCUGUUUGUCCCCUGUGUGAUUUGUCGUUCGGCCGUAUGAGGAGUUAUCAACUGUGUUUUUACUGUUAAAUAUUUAACAGGAGAAGCUGAAUCGGCUCCAUUUAGGCUACCUAGCUGGACACAGGACCUCGAGAAAUCGGAGGCGACAUUGCUGUUCAAAAAGAGGCAGUUAUGACUAUUGUGGAGCUGACCAUUGGCAAGGUGAACUAUGGACUAAGGGAUUAAGCGUGGGGGACUUAUCAAAUCGCCAGCGAACGACCUUGUAAUUUAAAGAAGAGAACUGGCAGGAAGUUAGCGAACAACGGCAAGAUAACUGGUAGACAAAGUCUUGAGGAGUUGUAAACCGGGAUACCAACAUUUCAAGUAUAAGGUGUCUCACUUCCUGGUUGGACGAGACUUAAAUUGGUGGACUCAUCUGCAGGGAAUUUUUAACGGUUUCUUAAAGAGAAGAGUCAAAAAAUGGAUUCUUGUCUUCUGAACAGAUUUGUACCCCUAUUCUCUAUGGUUCUGUUACUCCCUUUCGCAGACGCAGCCACGUCUCCUACAGGGAGCCCUCCAACCCGGGCGGAUCCCGAUAAGAUCACCGAGAGAGAUAACGUUUACUUAUCUGGCGGAAAGAACAACAUUUCCGUGGAAGAGGCAGGUUUGAAAAUCUUACCCUCAAGUGAAAUUGAUAGGAAGGACAACGAGAGUUCUCCGGCGCCUCAGACCAAUUAUAUAUUCAAAGUGAAUAACAGCUCUACCCAUACGAACGGAAGUGAUAGUUCCACUGGGGGCAAAGAUAUGCCCUUAAAUCUGGCCAUUAUCCCCGUACUGGCCGGCUUCUUCAUCGUUACGUUUGUAUGCAUCAAGUGUUGUAACCGGGUCAAAGCGGACGUCAUCAAAGAUAGGGAUUUAUACAUAGAGGACGGAAAACCCCUGUUCCGUGUAGAACCGGAGAGUCAUAAGGAUUACCUCUCCUCGAUAGGCUCCGGAUAUAAUGCGUACUCCACUGUCACCUCAGGGUACAACGCUUAUUCUACGGUGGGAUCGGGAUACAACGCCUACUCCACCGUUCAGACAAGCGGGUACAACCCAUACAACACGGUGACCACCAUGAUGAGCGACGUGUCCACCAUGUCCGAAACGAAAGACGCUGGGACGAUGGUGAAACCACGCGAUAUCUGGAAGACCAUGCGUCAAGCUCGAGGAUCUUCUGUACCGGACUUCAGUCAAGAUCGCAAUCUCCUAGGUACCGUCGCUGAAGAAGUGAAACGAUUUAAAAACAAAAACAGUCUGUCGCCCGCAAUGAACUCUGUGAUGUACCCAAGGUCACCUCGAUCAUCCCCUCGCACUCGGAAUUCGACGGGAAGACCUCAAAGCUCUACCAGUACCGAGAUGCGCAAGAAACCGUUCAGAAGUGCUGAUGAUCUCUUGGAUUCAAAGGCCGCUAACCGCUCUAUUGUUAAGGCUGAAGUGGAGAAUCAUCGUGAGUCUCCGCAUCCCACCGCCGAGGAAACUCAUUUGGAGGAGUCCCAGGCUCUUCUCGGCCCCGGAGAUGACGGAAGUACCUCCUGUCCAAAUCGCCAGUCCUCACCAGAGACGUUGUCACCGAUCGUCCUGGUUAACGACGUCAAAUUGAAAGAUGAUUCUCAGAGGCCCAGUUCCCAGACCUCGACCUGUUCUUCGUCAGAGAGUUCCACUCCAGAAGGACCGGGUGAUAGGACUCCACGGUCAAGGCUACGAAGCUCUGGAAAAACAAAAGCGUUGAACGUUACAUUUGAAGAUGCUGUCGCUGAUUCCAAGACAAACCCGCCGAAAACCAGAAGUCCUCGUUCGUCCCCGAUUAGACCAUUCUCUGGCAAAUAUGUUGAGAUUCCUCGUAAACCUUCAUCGAAAGGUCCCAACGUGCGACGGAAGUUUAGCCUGACCGUCGUUGACGAUGACAACAACCCACCGACAGCAGCGGCUUCUGCCAAAGUCUCAGCUGGUACUGACACAGAGACAGACUCUCGUCCGAAUGACCCUCUGGAGCAGAACUCAGCAGCGAAAAAAACUAAGGGCCUUGUUAAACAGUUACCGUGUCAUGAGAUUGUUGUGAAAGAUAACGAACCUAGUGAUGAUUCUCACCGCGAACGCCCCACAAAUAAGGAGAUAUCGACAUCCAAUCGUCCUCCGUCCUCGAAAGACUCUACUGAUUCUGAAGUACCAAAUGGUGUACUGGCAAGUGGUAUUGCUGCCGCAAACAAUACCCUAGUUUUGCCUGCAUUAUCCUGCCAUUGAAAACUGAGACUUUUUAAUGUUGUUAAAUGAGACGCCAUGUGUUUGUGAAUUUGGAUGUAUGGACGAUAUGUCGGCGAUGGUUUGUGUGAUCGAGAUAGGAACAUGGAAAUCUCGAGUGAACCAAGAAUCUCAGGCUUUACUGUAUUACACAUACUUUUGUCAAAAUUUGCUAUGGAAAGCUUUACUGAGCUCACGUCAGCUCGUGUUGGGUUUACAUCUGCUGUGUGGUCCAUUUUCUCUGAUAGUUACAGCUUUUCAGGUCAGUCCUGUUGUUUUGUUUUCAAAACGUCAGUAGUGUCCAUUCCUCGGCGCUCGGCACUAUACCUUGAUUUUACUCUUGUUAUAGUGUAGGUUAUAGUGUAGGUUAUAGUGUAGGUUAUUGUGUAGGUUAUUGUGU